AGGUGUAAAUCAACUUGUACUCGAGAAAGGGCAGGUCACUCGCAGACAGAAAGUGGGUAAGGCUUACUUGGAUAAAGUCUCUCUGAGUCCCACGUGUUGAGUUUUGAUAUCGAAGUUGGAGAGAGAGAAAGAGAGAGAGGCAGAGACUCAGCACAGAGAGACUUUGCCAAAGGCAGUGAAUGCAACAUGGUACAGAUUGGGAUGAUUGCGAAAAAAGCUUGGAGCAUUCGCAAAACCAUAGUGCUGUUCUUGAUGCCUGUGUUGCUUUUACCAAUUAUAUUCUUUCUGCCUUUAAAGGAAGGAAGAUGCCUCUAUGUAAUUCUCCUCAUGGCCACAUACUGGUGCACGGAAGCAUUGCCAAUUGCCGUAACAUCUCUGCUUCCCAUCUGCCUUUUCCCUUUCCUGGGGGUCCUGCCCUCUGCCAAGGUCAGUCCUCAGUACUUUGUUGACACCAAUGUUCUCUUCAUAAGUGGCCUGAUCAUGGCACUGGCGAUUGAGGAGUGGAACCUGCACCGAAGAAUAGCCCUCUCCAUCCUGAUGUUCGUUGGCGUGAGCCCACCCAUGCUUAUCUUGGGGAUGAUGAUAACCACAGCUUUUCUGUCAAUGUGGCUCAGUAACACGGCCAGCACAGCCAUGAUGCUGCCAAUAGCUACUGCGAUGCUCAAGAGCUUGUUUGGCAAUUUUGAUCCCAUGAAGCAGAAUGAUAGUGAAGCCAUUAAGCAGAACGAUGAUGAAGAUGGCUUAGCUCAUAAAGAUGUCAUUUCAAGGGAGCCAAUAUCAAAUGCAGUGCCGUUUUUGAUUUCUGAUGACAGCCAAAAGCAUCCUCAGCUACCUGAGAUAGAUGAUAACCUUACGCUUGCCCAGCAGAAAGAACAGGAGCAGCAAAAGAAACUCUGGAAGGGUUUCCUUAUUUGUAUUCCUUACGCUGCCAGUAUUGGAGGGACAGCUACAGUAACUGGGACCGCUCCAAACCUCAUCCUACUUGGCCAGGUGAAGAGUUAUUUCCCUGACUGUGACUUGGUGAACUUUGGAUCGUGGUUUAUGUUUGCUUGCCCGCUUGCAUUCAUAUUCCUGUUCUUUGCUUGGCUGUGGAUCGCUUUCCUAUACGGUGGACUCAGCCUAAGGUCCUGUAGAAAGAACACAAAUGUAGAGUCUCAAGACAGAGUGAAAGCAGUGAUAAAGAGCGACUAUGCAAAACUGGGACCAAUGAAAUUUGCAGAGAGGAGUGUCGCUGUCUUUUUCUUCUUUUUUGCCAUUUUUCUCUUCACAAGGGAUCCCAAAUUCAUUCCUGGCUGGGCCCAUUUUUUUGGCCAAGAAUACAUAUCAGAUGCAGUAACCGGAUUGUCGUUGAUUAUUAUAAUGUUUGCCUUUCCAUCUCAAAAACCAUCAUUGAAAUGGUGGUUUAGUUCAAAAGCUGCAAAUGUUCCAAAUCCAUCCCUCUUAAGUUGGAAAAAAGUUCAAGCAAACCUACCCUGGAAUGUGGUCCUGCUUUUAGGAGGAGGUUUUGCAAUGGCAAAAGGGUGUGAGGAAUCAGGGCUGUCACGCUGGAUAGGCAAGCAGCUCCAUCCACUUGAGGACCUGCCGCCAAGUCUAGCUGUCCUGGUCAUUGCCAUAACGCUAGCAUUUUUCACGGAAUUUGCCAGCAACACUGCUACAAUUAUAAUAUUCCUACCGAUUGUUACCCAACUGGCCAUUCAUUUGAAGGUGAAUCCUCUCUACCUGAUGAUUCCCGGAACUGUAGGGUGCUCUUUUGCCUUCAUGCUCCCAGUCGCGACUCCUCCAAACUCUAUCGCCUUUUCUACAGGCCACCUAAUGGUCACGGAUAUGGUGAAGACUGGAGUUGUUAUGAACAUUAUGGGCAUCAUUGUGCUCUUCAUUGCUGUGAACACAUGGGGGCUGUACAUGUUCCAACUCAAUACUUACCCUGACUGGGCUAAAGUCAUAACAGUAGCUCUGGACAGUGGGAAUGUCGUGAAUGGGACUAUGAUGCCUCUGAAUGGGACUUUGUAAUAUAAAGCGUAUUGAUAUCCAGACCACCAUUCAAGUUACACAACUCGUUCCAAACCUUCCCAUCAUCGUUGAUACACCACCAUUGAACUACUCAAACUGCUUAAGAAAGAUUCCUGACCCAAUGCCAUGGACUGACACGACUCUGCAGGAAGAGUCUCUGCGAGAGAUACACCCUGAAGAAUCAAAACUUAAUUCUAUUUGAAAAGUUUAAAUGUGCUGUUUAAAUAGUAAUUAUGUUUAUGGUGAUGGUAAGCCCACAAAGGUGAUUUAAAGAUAUCUCAGAUGUGUGCGUGUGCAUGUUUUAUUUUCAAAUGUUGAUUUAACUCUCAUUCGUAAGAAGUAUUUAUCAGGUUGUACUUUCGAAAAUGAAAUUAAGUUAAAAAGAUCAGGGGGUUCGAAGAGUGUGAGAGAGAGAGGGGGAGGGAGGGAGGGAGCUUAGAGGGAGAGAAGGUACAAUACAAUACAAAAUUCCAGUUGUAAAGUGCCUUUCACGUCUGGAGGACGUCCCAAGGGGCUGGUAGCCUCAGAUAUGCAACAAUCACUGUGCAAAUACAAAGGCAGCCUUGGUCUUGCUCCAUUAAUAUGCUCACAAACAAGGUUUCUCCAAGUCAAUAAACCCUUAAACCAUU